AUGACACCAACUCCGGUCUACAUUGUCUCUGCCGCCAGAACUCCUCUGGGUGGUUUCCAGGGGUGAGUUUGACUGAUCCAAUUUUAACCGUGGCGCGGAGGAAGGAAGUCUGUGAGGAGGGGGGCGUGAGGAAGGAUUGUUGUGGUUAACGUCUUGGUUUCCCUCGCAUCGAACAUAGCUCCCUAUCGUCACUCACCGCAACUCAAUUGGGUUCCCACGCCAUCAAGGCUGCCCUUGCCAAAGUUCCCGCCAUCGAGGCUGCCAACGUCGAGGAGGUUUUCUUUGGAAAUGUUUUGUCGGCCAAGUGUGUUGCCUUUCUUUCUCAUCCCAUCCCCUUCACUUAUACCACCCAGCGGUGUUGCCGUUGCCACUGCUGCAAUGGCCAGUUUAUGGGAGAUUGCAUGCUAUGAUGCAUUACGAUGGGUUCGAUUCUGACAUCGGGUAUCUACAGCUUGGGACAGAAUCCUGCGAGGCAAUGCGCACUUGGAGCUGGAUUGGCUCAGUCCACCGUGUGCACUACCAUCAACAAGGUGUGUGCUUCCGGGAUGAAGGCCAUCAUUCUGGGGGCUCAGACUAUUAUCAUUGGGAAUGCCGACGUAAGCUUUUCCCUGGUGAGGGGGAGGGUAUUGGUGAAGGGCAAUGUCCUUAUAAUGAUGGAUGGCGUUUUAUAGAUUGUUGUUGCCGGCGGAACUGAGUCCAUGAGUAACACCCCAUACUAUAUCCCUACAGCCAGAAGCGGGGCUCGUUAUGGCAACCAGCAAAUGGUUGACGGCGUCGUUCGUGAUGGUUUGUCGGACGCCUACGAUAACCAGGCAAUGGGUUUUGCAGCGGAGGAAUGCGCACAAGAUUACACCUUCUCGAGGGAGGAUUCGGACGCCUACGCUAUCAAGUCGUAUCAGAGGGCCCAGGAAGCAGUAGCCAACAAGUGGUUUACCGAGGAAAUCGCGCCAAUCGAGGUUUCCGGUGGGAGGGGAAAGCCUAAUGUCCUUGUCGAGGUUGAUGACGAGCCCAAGAACGUGAGCUUUAAUAUCCACUGAUCUACGCUGAAAAGAGGAAAUCCGACCGGGCUGACGGCAUUCACUUUUUUUUUUUUUUUUGAAACGAAACAGUUGAACAUCAGUAAGCUCAAGACCGUGCGGCCAGUCUUUGUCCCAGGCACCGGCACCGUCACCGCUGCAAACGCAUCCCCAAUCUCGGACGGUGCAUCUGCCCUGGUCCUCGUCUCAGAGGCCAAGCUCGCGGAGCUCAACCUUGCCCCGCUGGCCAAAAUCAUAGGCUGGGGUGAAGCUGCAAAGGCGCCAUCAAAGUUCACCACAGUGCCCUCUCUUGCUAUCCCUAAGGCCCUCAAACACGCCGGCCUGUCGCAGGAGCAGGUCGACUUCUUUGAGAUCAACGAAGCCUUCUCAGUCGUCGCGUUAGCUAACGCUAAAAUCCUCGGCCUGGACGAGGCCAAGGUCAACGUGAACGGUGGAGCCGUGGCACUCGGUCAUCCGCUCGGAUGUUCCGGUGCCAGAAUCGUCACGACCCUUCUACAUGUUCUCAAGCAACGCAAGGGAAGAAUUGGGGCUGCAGGUAUUUGCAAUGGUGGUGGUGGCGCCUCUUCUAUCAUUGUUGAGGCUGUAUGAAUGAAUGGGUGUUCCCUUUUUUAUUGCUGUAGCCUUGUCGCAACGUGUUAUCUGGUGGCCUCCAGUUGAUGAUGGCAACGUUUAGUUAUUUUUAUUGAUACCAACUUUACUGUUUUAGCUUGGCACGAGCUCUUACUCGAGUAUAUUACUGUACUGUACGAAGAAGAAAAAGAACAAGACCCAAAGUAA